AUGGUCUUUGCCCACGGGAAUCACGAACUCUUUGCCGCGGGGCUUAUCCAGCUCUAUCAGCCAGAGAUCCUGUAUCUAACCUGCAGCUCAGACUCUGAAAACGAUUGGAUUGAAGCCCAGGUUCGCACAUCGCUGCAAUCGUUAGGUUUCGAAGGUUGCGUCACAUUUCUGCCAGUGACCGAGCAGGAAAUCUAUCGACGGAUGCUAGCACGCGACAUUUCCUGGUUCGCAGAACUCCGCGAUCGCGUUGGUACCUGGCUAAGCCAGCUUCGGCCGGAGGUGGUCUUUACUGAUGCGUUCGAGUGGUACAACUCGGUGCACGAUUUAUGUCCGCUGCUGGUCGACGCGGCGAUUGACUCCUACAAGAUUUCAUGGCUUCGAGUGCCUCGCCGGUACGACCUUCCAUUGGCGUUUCAAACCACUUCUGCGCAGCGAAUUAGUGGGUCGGACACUCCUGAUUUCUUCAUUCUGAAACACAUUCUCACGGCCGAACAAUCGCGGCGCAAGCGUGAGCUAGUACAACACCUGACACAGGUCGAUGCGAGUGUGCAGGAUGCGACCUCUACGUGGAAGCAGGAGCGGUACGAACGGGAGUUCUAUCGCUCGGUUCCACUUGGGCGGGAUUACCGAACCGCCCCGCUUCGCGACGCAUGGAAAACCUACGAUGACCAUGGGUUAGACAACGUUCGUCGGGGGCGUUACCAGGAGGCCAUUCUGUUUCACGAACAUUAUGUAUUGAUCGUUAACCGUUGCCUCGGCUCGCGAACCGGAACAGAACUCUACGUUCGCGACUUGGCCAUUGCACUACAGCGGCAGGGACAUUGCCCGACCGUUUUCAGCCCCAAACUGGGGCUAUUGGCCGAUGAUUUGAAGAGCCAUGGACUGUCGGUCUUCGACCGCUUGGAAGAGAUUUCCACAGCACCCGAUGUGAUUCAUGGUCAUCACACCUGGGAAACCAUGGCCGCACUGGUGCAGUUUCCUGAGGUUCCAGCCGUGUUUGUGGGGCACGACGCCACGGCUUGGCACGAUACCCCGCCGCGGAUGCCGCAAAUCGGUCACUACAUUGCGGUGGACUACACUCUUCUCGAUCGGUUCGUGGAAAGUCAUGGCAUCGAGCCGAACCGGGUGACGGUCGUUCCCAACCCAAUCGCCUUCGCGGGGUUUCGUAAACGUGGUGCACUGCCGGCUCGUCCUCGACGAGCUCUGCAAAUCAGUGGCUACUCCGGCACCCACGAACGGGACGAGAUCGAAGCCGCCUGCUCGGCUCGAGGGAUUCAGCUUGACUCCAUUGGCCAUCACUUCGGGAACACUUCGACCAACCCCGAAGCGCUGUUUGCCGACUACGACUUGGUGUUCGCCAAAGGCCGCUGUGCGUUUGAGGCGGCUGCGGCAGGAGCCGCCGUGGUGUUUUGCGACACCUGGGGCUGCGGGCCGUUAUUAAGCAAUCGUGUGCUCGACGAAGGGCAUGGCAUUCUCACCGGCCGACGAAUGCUGGCCGAGGAGUUCUCCACCCCCGUUCUGCUAGAGCGAAUUGAUCAAUACGACGCGAACGAUGCAGCCGAGGUCUCGCAGCGGGUCCACGAUAUUUUCGAUGCCGAGAGCGUCACUGCCCGAUUGGUCGAUUUAUACCGGGAUGUGAUUGCGAAGCAUGAGCUCUUGCCGGAGAAGACAGCACAACUGGGGCUUCAACAAGAACUUCUCUGGUGGGCUGCCAACUUCGAUCGGGUACUGCAGGAGCAGAAUGAAGCGGGGGCCCGAAUGACGCCGCGACGGAGAACUGCGAGCUCGAUCGAGGUCGGUUCGAGCGUCGAUUUCGCCCACCCUUUUCGAGGUGCUGGAUGGUAUGCACCCGAGCGAGAUGGGCACGGCUAUUUCUGUUGGUUAGGGCCAGAGCCAACAGCCUGGUUAGAGCUACGGGUGCCGGAGGGGCGAUUGUUCUGUCUGCAUUGCGAGAUUGCGUACGUCCACGAUCCGGAGCUAUUCGAACAUCUGGAGCUGUUUGUAGCUGGACAGCGAGUAGACAUCGAACACAUUGAGGGUGAGUCGAUAUUCAGUAUCAGGGGGAAACUACCCAUGAACGAGCCGAUUGUCUCGGGCAACACCAUUCGGGUUGAGCUCAAGCUUCCAAAGACUACAUGUCCUAGCGACGUAAACGUAGCCAGCACGGACGACCGACCUCUCGGUGUCGCCGUGCGUGCGAUUGCUAUCGAGGCUGACGAUGAGGCCCUGAUCAUCCCCUUCAAUUGCGACGGCGCAGGCCGCAGCCCUACGGUUUGCCGCUCGAAACGUGCGGCGUGA